AUGAUCAACCCCGUUGCUGCCGCGGGUCUUAUUGCCCUUGGUGCGACUGGGGCAGCGGCAGCCGCCCUCGGCGCCUACAAUGUUGACCCCAGCAGCGUGUCGGUCUCUGGCCUUUCAAGUGGCGGAUAUAUGUCCGUUCAGCUUGGAGUGGCAUACUCUGAUAUAUUCCAAGUCGGGUUUGGAGUUUUUGCAGGUGGUCCCUAUGAUUGCGCUCGUAACCAAUAUUAUACGUCGUGCAUGUACAAUGCGAAUCCGUCCACUACCACGCCUGUUGCCAACAUGAAGUCUCGGAGUGGAUCCCAGAUUGCCACUAUCAACAACCUUGCGCAGCGCAAAAUCUAUAUGUGGGUUGGUUCUUCUGACACCACAGUUGGGCCUAAUGUCAUGAGCGCGCUCGGCGCUAGCCACACCUUCCCGACUGACUUUGAUGGCUCGGAAGAUAAUUCUUGCAGCACUUCCUCUUCUCCUUAUAUCAGCAACUGUAAUUAUGAUGGUGCUGGUGCUGCGCUGAAGUGGCUAUAUGGCUCUCUUACUGCUAAGAACACAGGCACAUUGAGCGGAUCGAUCGUUUCAUUCGACCAGACUGGCAAUUAUGUUUCCAGUGGUAUGGGCAGUACAGGCUAUUUAUAUGUGCCAGCAAAUUGCCAAGGAGGCUCCACAGUCUGCAAACUGCAUGUUGCCCUACACGGGUGCCUGCAAAGCUACACUUCGAUUGGCUCUAAAUUCAUUGACAACACCGGUUACAAUAAAUGGGCAGACACCAAUAACAUCAUCAUCCUUUACCCGCAAGCUACUACUGAUAGCACCUCCCAUACAGUCUGGAAUGGAGGUAGCCUUCCCAAUCCUAACGGUUGUUGGGACUGGGUGGGUUGGUAUGGAACCAAUGCCGACCAGAUUGGAGGCGUUCAAAUGUCUGCCAUCGUGAGUCAGGUCAAGCAGAUCAUUAGCGGGUACAACAGUGCCAGUGGUAGCUCAUCCAGUACCACAUCAACAACAUCGGCCACUUCUCAGUCUACUCUCACUACCACGACCACAAGUACUGCAUCGACCGCAACUGCCACUAGUUACGCAGCACUAUACGGGCAGUGCGGUGGAAUUGGCUGGACCGGCCCGACUGCUUGUUCAAGCGGCGUUUGCACAGCCUAUAGCGCAUACUACGCUCAGUGUUUGCUUCCAGUGAAAAAGUAA